GCGGACGCUACCACCUCCGUUCACUCGACAACGCAUACGCGUUGUUUCAAAUAUUUUAAUAUAAAUAAUAAUUAUAAAUUUACCCUAAAAAAAAAAACAUUUAUCGUUUAUAAUUACUUUAACUUUAUUUAUAUUUACAAAUAACAGCAAAAGAACGUGAGUGUCUAAGUGACUUUUUAAAAUUUAUAAUUCAAAUUUAAAGCGCCUUUUUUUGUUGUUGUUACAACUUUAUUUUAAAAACGACGCUUCUACACCGGCGUUUAAAAACUUUUAAUAUAAAUAAUAUUAAAUUGAUAUAUUGCCACUUAAAAACAUAUAUAUUUUAAAAAUAUACUGUGCUGUGUUUAAAUAUAUUAUCGUGAUUUAAUUAUUAUUAAGUGCACACGGGGUUAAAAUGGCGCUUGUACUCUUCGUCCUCCGCGCAUUUAUAUCGACCGUGACAAAUUAUUCACCGUCGGCGAAUGAAAACGAUUGGCGGAAUUUUUAAAUUAUUUUAUAAUUAUUAAUAACAAUUUUAAAAAAAUAUAUUUAUUUAAAAAUCCCGCGUUUUUUUAAAACUGAUAAAUAACAAACACGAGUUUCUAGUCCAAGUUUUUUUUCCCAGUGUUUUAGUUUAAAUUAUUUAAAUAAAUAAUAAUAAUAAAUAUUAUUUAGUGUCAGUGUUGUGUUCAAAGGAUUUCUGGCUCUAAAUUUAAAAGACGCCUGAAGCAAAAGAGAUUCUCGAGGAGGGUGGAGUAUAAGGAAACAAAAAGCCGAAGGAACCGCCUGAAAAAGCGUUCAAGUAAUGCCACUACGGUAACUCUCUCAUAUCUGAGAAGGCAACAGCAUCAACAUCACCAGCAUCACCAGUAACAGCAACAGCAGCAGCAGCAGCAAAGGUGUGUGUAGUAACAACUCUGUAAGAGAUGCGACGGAUCUCGCUUCGUCAUUAACGGCCGAGCCUAAAAACCAACCGAGACACACUCACACACACAACUUUUAAAAGUAAAGCGAGUAAAACUUGAACAUCUCACCCGCAGUCUUUGUCGUCUGCGUGCGUCGGCGGUAGAUGUUCCUACGUCCUGCGGUGAAGCCGUACAUACGGCUAGACGUGCGGAGUACAACAGGAAAAACAACGCAACUAUUGCUGUUGCUAUUAUUGUUAUUGUGUGGUAGUAAUAGUUGUUAUUAUCAUUAUUAUUAUUAUUAUUGUUAUUUCGUGGUUAUUGUUACUGUUGAGUUAGUGAAAAAUAAAUAAGCAACCAGCAAAAGCAAUAUUGUUGUAUACGAGGCCUAAAGACAGACCACCGGUCUACUUGAGGCAAUGAGGAGGAGAGAGUGACGCCAAUUGAUCGCGAGAGUGGACGGCCAUUGAUAAGGAGGAAUGCUUGCCCCAUGCAACAUGGCGGCUCGUCUCAUUUGCGGCACCUGUCUUGUCGCCUUCUUCAUUCUUCUCUGCCUCGGAAUUACCACCGCAGAACAAGUUGUCCUGUUGGAUACCACGACUGAAGAGAUACUAGACUGGACAAAAUUUCCUUACGGACCGCAAGCAACGACCCCCGGUUGGGUGGAGGAAUCCUUUACCAACUUCGACAAGGGUAUAAACUGGCGAAGUUAUGUUGUUUGCGAUGUCGCUUACAACAACGUCAACAACUGGCUGUGGACACCCUUCAUAGAACGUGGUCCGGCCAAUCGUAUGUACAUUGAGAUCAAGUUUACUACAAGAGACUGUUCCUUGUUCCCGGGUAAUGCACUUAGCUGCAAGGAAACAUUCUCCUUACUUUACUAUGAGUUUGAUGCGGCUACCAAAGAACCACCACCAUGGGAACCCGAAAGUUACAAGCUGAUAGGUCGAAUUGCUGCGGGCGAGGGCAGAUUCAACACAAACACCGAAGUUAUUAUAAACACCGAAGUUAAAUCAAUACCAGUAACUAAGAAAGGAGUUUACUUUGCAUUUCGUGAUCAAGGCGCUUGUAUAUCAAUUCUUGCGAUAAAAGUAUACUACAUAAGUUGUCCAGAGGUAUCUGUUAACUUUGCCCACUUUCCGGCAACACCAACUGGCCGUGAAGUUGCUCUUAUCGAACAAACUAUUGGCACGUGUGUUGCUAAUGCCGUCGAAAUAGAACAACCAACUUUCCUAUGCAAGGGAGACGGAAAGUGGUACUUGCCAUCUGGAGGAUGCCACUGCAAACCCGGCUAUCAAGCUGAUGUUGAGAAGCAACAGUGCACUGAGUGUCCUAUUGGCAAGUUCAAGCACGAGGCUGGAUCUCAUACGUGUGAGAAAUGUCCUGUACAUAGCACAGCUCCAGACUAUGGAUUCGUCGAGUGCCGUUGUGACGUUGGCUAUUUCAGAGCGCCCAGGGAUCCCAGAAAAAUGCCAUGCACUCAGCCACCGUCAGCGCCGCAGAAUCUAACAGUUAAUUUUGUGGAUCAGUCUACUGUAAUUUUAUCGUGGAAUGCACCUUAUCAACAAGGAGGAAGACUUGAUACCACUUACAGGGUUGUUUGUGAUGCCUGUAGCACCGGUGUCAAGUAUAUUCCCAAUACCGAAAUAUUCAACGACACAAAGAUCACCAUCACCGGAUUAAACGCAGUUACGACUUAUCGUUUUCAAGUGUUUGCCGAGAACGGUGUAUCACCAAUGGCAGGUCGUUCUGAGUAUGUAGAUAUAACCGUGACAACCGAAGCAAGUGUACCGAGUCUCGUCAGCAAUGUUAGGAUUACUAACGUCAAGAGUUCCGAGCUCAGCAUCAGUUGGGAUGCUCCCAUUACUGAAUUAGGCGAGAGCGAUAUCGUCGAACGUUACGAAGUUAAAGUUUACCCGCGUUUUGACGACGCAAUAAAUGCAACGAUCGUCCAAACUCACGAUUUGUCAGCAACCUUCAAAGGUUUACGCCCGGCAACGGAUUAUGCGAUCCAGGUGCGAGCUAAAACAACACGUGGAUGGGGUGAAUAUACACCGGUGAUCUACAAAAAGACGAACCAUGCAAUGGGACUAGACUACGUCGGGGACGAGGACAACAUGCAGGUGCGCAUAAUCGCUGGUGCGAUCGUCGCAGUGGUGGUCUUACUUGUGAUAAUAAUUAUCAUGACUGUCCUGUUUCUCAGAAGCAGAGCCUCCGAUGAAUGCAACAAGAAACAGCCCAGUGAUUGCGACACUUUGGAAUACAGAAACGGCGAAGGACUAGUUGUGACCUACAUGCACUGCAAAAUGGACAGUUCACCGAUUGUGACAACUCAUACCAAUAACAAGAGCAAGUCCUCGCUGACUACGCCACUAUUCACGCCUGCAGUGGGUGUUACCGCGGGACCUGGUAACGCUAGUGGUACUAGUGCACGAAGCUACGUCGAUCCACAUACAUAUGAAGAUCCUAAUCAAGCGGUGCGGGAAUUUGCACGUGAAAUAGAUGCCGGUUACAUAACGAUCGAAGCAAUAAUUGGCGGCGGAGAAUUUGGUGAUGUAUGUCGCGGAAAAUUAAAAUUACCACCCGAUGGACGGGCGGAGAUUGAUGUGGCGAUAAAAACUUUGAAACCCGGCUCAGCGGACAAAGCCCGUAAUGAUUUUCUAACGGAAGCUUCAAUAAUGGGGCAAUUUGAGCACCCAAAUGUGAUAUUCUUGCAAGGUGUAGUGACUAAAAGUAACCCAGUGAUGAUUAUCACUGAAUUUAUGGAAAAUGGUAGUCUAGACACUUUCCUACGUGCCAAUGACGGCAAGUUCCAAGUUCUGCAGCUGGUCGGUAUGCUACGUGGUAUAUCAAGCGGUAUGCAGUAUCUGGCGGAAAUGAAUUACGUUCACCGUGAUUUGGCAGCACGUAAUGUACUUGUAAAUGCCGCAUUGGUUUGUAAAAUUGCCGACUUCGGUCUCAGUCGUGAGAUCGAAAGCGCCACUGAAGGAGCCUACACCACACGGGGAGGAAAGAUACCAGUACGAUGGACAGCACCAGAAGCGAUAGCAUUCAGAAAAUUCACAAGUGCAUCGGAUGUCUGGAGUAUGGGCAUCGUGUGCUGGGAAGUUAUGUCGUACGGCGAGCGACCAUACUGGAACUGGUCCAAUCAAGAUGUAAUAAAAUCCAUCGAGAAAGGAUACAGAUUACCAGCACCUAUGGAUUGUCCUGAGGCUAUUUAUCAGCUGAUGCUUGACUGCUGGCAAAAGGAACGUACACACCGGCCUACCUUUGCCAAUCUAACGCAGACGCUCGAUAAACUCAUCAGGAGUCCGGAUACGCUUCGAAAAAUCGCUCAGAACAGUGUGAGGCCGCCAGCACACAAUCCUUAUUACGUGACAAGCCAAUCAAUGAACUCUGGUUUAGUCCAAGGUCCAGGACAAUUCGUUGAUGUAUCUGGGGGUCAUCAGGCCCAAUCAUCAGCAACGAUUGCCGUUCCAGUAAUGCCAGCGGGAGCCGGACGUAGUCUACACUAUCACACACAUGCAGCAACACAUGCAUUACCACAUCAGUCACCAUUAACUUAUCCCAAUUGGGUUCCCUUUUCCCAUUUUGGCUGAUAAACGUUUUAUUUUAAAUCUAUUAUUACUAUUUAAUAUUAAUCAGUCAUUAAAUGUCACCACACAAAUUGCCAUUUAUUUUAAAAUAAUUAAGUAAAGUAAAUAGAUCAAGGAUACCGACAAUUAAACAAACAAAUAUACGACACAUGCAACACUAAGUAAAAUGAAAUAAAAAAAAAAAAUAAUUAAUUUUACUGCCAUGCUCAAACCGCCACAACCGACCACCAGCAAUCGAUAUUUGACAAUUGAUUGCUAAUAAAUAAUGAUAAUUUUUAUUUUUUAAAACCACUUUUGUACAUCAAGAUUUCCUACAGUAAUCGGACGCGCUCGCGACGAUAUAAUUUUUUAUAAGCAAUAGAUUAUUAAUUGAUGAUUAAUAAUUAUUAUUAUUACGAUUAUUAAUAUCAAUAUUAUUAUUAUUGAAAAAUUAUAAAUUAUAAUUAAAAAAAAAAAUAUAUUUAUUGGUAGUCAGUAGAAAUAUGUCAGAGGUAGGAAGUUUAUAUUGAAAACGUUUUAUUGUUAGGAAAGUUUGUAGAAGCAAUUAAAUCAACGAAUAUAAGUAUGUGUUUUAGUAAUAAAUAAUUAAAUAAAUUAAUGAAUUUAAAAUUUUAAAUACAAGGUAGAUCAAAAGAUAAUUAGAUAUUGAAGACGUUUUAUUGUUUUAUUUUUUGUUGUCAUUUUUAUAAAUUUAUUUCAUAUAUUUAUCGUAAAAAAAUGUGAUUACUGUUUUAGCAAAUUUUAAAAAUCGGUAAAAAAAUUAUCAGAAAUUUUUAUAUACGAAUUUGAUCAGAUAUAAUCAUAUAUCAUCACUGAUCAGGCCUGAUACUAUCAGAUCAUAUAUGAAUUUAUAACGAAUAUUCAUAUAUGAUCAGAUAUGAGUUGAUGUAUGACAUGAUUAUAUUUGAUUAGGCCUAAUACUAUACGGUCGGAUAUGAACUCAUAAAAAUAGUCAUAUAUGAUCAGAUAUCAGAUAUAAUAAUAUAUGAUCAGGCCUGAGACUAUACGAUCAUAUAUGAACCCGUAAAAAAUAUUAAUAUAGGAUCAGAUAUCAGUUUAUAUGUGACAUGACUAUAUCUGAUGAGGUUUAGAAUUUUAUAUGAUCAUAUAUGACCGGUAAAAAAAAUCAUAUAUGAUCAAAUAUGAAUUUCUAUACAAUUACGUAUAAAUUUAAACUUGAUCAGAUAAAAUCACAUACGACAAUAUCUGAUAUUGUAUAUGAUCAUUUACGAAGAAAAAAAGGUACGGGAGCUAUAAAUUAAAUUCCUCGCAUCUUAUUCGUUCAUAAAAAAAAUACGAUAGCCGCAAAAUUAAAAAAAAAUUUAUAACUGCGGUAGUAAAAAAAAAUUAAAGUGCGAUAAUUUUAUUAAGGAUUUAAAAAGCUUAAAUUUAUGAUAAUUAUAUGAAUUUAUAAUAAUUACAAAGCUCGGGAUAUAAAUUGUAACAUAAUUGGUAAAGUAAAUAUCAUAUAUAUAUAAAUAUAUAAAUAUAUUAAAAAUGUAUAGUAUACAAUAAUAAUCUAUAAAACGUCUUCAAGUAAAAUAUAUAUAUAAAAAAAUAAAAAGAUAAAUAUUUAUUGAAUUCUUAAGUAAAAAAAAAGACUUGUCUCUUAAAAAGUAUACGCCAGAGCGUUUUAUCAUAUAUAUUAUAGUAUAUAUUACAUUAUAUUAUAUUAAAUUAUAUUAUAUUAUAUUAUAUUAGUGAUAGUAUUUUUCUACAUGAGAUAUUAAACACGGGUAUAAAGACAAAAGCAAUUACGCAUUCAUUAUACCCGGGCAGAGUUUAAAUUAAACAGCAUCAUGGGAACAUCAAAAUUAAACCGUAAUGCGCUUAACUCAUUUAUUUAAAUACAUUGUUAUAAUUUAUUAUCAUUAUUAUUAUUAGUUUACUAUUUUUUUAUUUGAAUUUUUAUUUUCAUCGCAAUUACUCUACACAACACUCGGACACGCACAGUCUCUCCCUCAACUCACGUAAAGAAUAAUAAUAAAAUAUAUAUUAUUUCUCAAAGAAAUAACUUUCUAAUGAGUUUUUAUUACUUGGCUUUAAAAAAAAUUAGAAAAAAAAAAAAACAAAGAGCGUGAAUAAAUAAAUAAAUGUGACAGAUAAAAAUAAAAAAUGAGACGAGUAAUGAAAGGGAAAAAUAAUAAUUAUAAUAAUAAAAUGACGGAUAGUUAAACAAAAAUAAUAAUAAAGUGUUUAAUUGCACUAACAAAUGUACUAACAAUUGUCAGAAUCAGAGAAAGGGGUGCACCACCCCCACCUCCACCCGCCACAUCAGCUACCACCGUGCAUUUCAGACAAAGGUAAAAAUAACAAGAGACCUGGAGUUGCAAAAAAUAAAAAUGAAUUUUUAAAAAUAAUGAAUGAAUGAAUGAAAAAAAUAAUAAUAAUAAUUAUAAUAAAAAUUAUUAUUAUUAUUAAAUAUACCCAAGUCUGGACAAGAAUGCUGAGAAUGCCGAGAUUUUUUUACGAGAAGCAAAAAACUGUUUAGUUUUUUAUCACAAAAAAUGAUCCUUAAUUUUUUGUGAAAAUAAAAUUUUAAAUAAUUUAAAUAAUGGGGUAAAAUUUCAGGUUAAAAUUUUAAUUUUAAUUUAUCAUGACAAACAUUUCGUUGCUUCUUGUAUUUUUAAAAAAAAAAAAAAAAAUAAUUGUGUUUGUACUAAAAAAAAACCUGUAGAGGAUGAAAAAUGCUUGAACCCUUGCCCCAGCCCUACGUAUUUAUUAUUUGUAAUUAAAAAAGGCACUGCUUGCUUCAUACGCACUUUCCAUUGGUUAUUAGCUUUAUGUUUUUCAAAUUAUUAUUUUAUUUAUUUAAAAAAAAAAUUAAUUAAUUUAAACACUUGGUUAAUUUACACAAAGAAAGGAUUUCUUGGCGCAAAAAAAUAUUUACUUGUCCCCAUUAUUUUUUUUUCAGUAUCAAUUAA